AUAGUGAAAGUCAUCAUCCUAACAAAAACUAAAAUAACUUCUUCUCAUCAUAGUCUACAAAUAAAUCUUAUUUUCUCUAACUCCCCAAAAGAAAUAAGCAAAAUGGGAGCCAACUCAUCCAGCAUGGAGUGUCCUCCUCGUACAUCAUCAGCAAAAUCAGCAUCAUCUCACAUUCUCUCUUUCCAUUCCACUGCUAAAUGGAAGGCUCAUUUUGAUGCAUCCAAAGAAACUAACAAGCUGAUGGUGGUUGAAUUUACGGCUACAUGGUGUGGACCUUGCAAAUUCAUGGAUCCAAUCUUUCAAGAUUUUGCUGCAAAAUAUAUUAAAGUUGAUUUCAUCAAGAUAGACGUGGAUGUAUUAAUGGGUGUUGCUCAAGAAUUUCAGGUGCAAGCAAUGCCAACAUUCAUAUUGAUGAAGAAAGGAAAAAUUGUUGACAAGGUGGUAGGAGCAAAAAAGGAAGAUCUUGAAAAGUUGAUCGAAAAGCAUCAAAACUGAGUCUCUAAUCUUGGACAUGGUUAAGGAUGUGUGAGCAUCAUAAAGGAACAUGAAUAAGAAGAAAUUAUUCAUUGUAUCUCUCGUUGCCAUUUACAUGUUUGUGUAACUUAGAUUAAUGCUUUUGACGUGCAAAGCGUUUUUGUGUAACUUCAGUCCAAGUUCUUUUUAUAACUUAUAUGUACUAUAAGUGUAAAUUUGUUUUACACAUGUAUGAUGUAUCUAAUUACAUUUUAUCAUGAGAUAUUUAUUUGUUUUACA